ACCGCAACUGGCCUCGAGAGAGAACCUUUACCGUUUACCGUUUACCCUUGGGAAUCGACCAACAUGCUAUCACGAAGACCCGCCCGUCUGUGCCCACGGGCAACAAACCUUAGAUCCAUGGCCGUCGUCAAGACCCGCCACGCCCAACCCAUCGUCCAACCCACAAAACCGUCCGAGAACGAACACGGCCAGCCAAUCUGGUACGGUGCCACCGUCCGCUCCGCCCAUAAGUGGAGCCGAAAAAAGGGGGGCGACCCGAAUAUGAUUCAGCCUAUGUCGAUCUCGGAGGCUAUGAGGUACAUCCGUGCCGCCGAAGUCGGACAAAACCAAAAGCUGCCAUACGAUAUCGCGAUCAAGAUCGAUACCAUCAACGGUGUCGCACCCGUCCGUGGCGCGAUUCUCUUCCCCAAGGGCAGCAAGAAGCCAAGUGUAGUCUGUGUCAUCGCAGAUGGUGACGCCGCAAAAGAAGCCCGCGAAGCCGGCGCAUCCAUCGUCGGCGCCGAAGAAGUCGUUGCGAAGAUCCUAGAUGGUGCCAUUCAGUUCGAUAAAUGUAUUGCGCACCCGGACUCGUUUUCCCUCCUUUCCAAGGUCGCAAGAAUACUCGGUCCGAGAAACCUCAUGCCGUCCGUGAAGCGCGGGACUGUGACGAAAGACUUGACCACUGCGAUCAAGGACGCGCUUGGUAAGCAGGAUUACCGUGAGCAGCAGGGUGUUGUGAGACUUCCGAUCGGACAGCUGGAUUUCACGGAGGAGGAGUUGGAGACGAAUAUCAAGUUGUUGAUGGGGCAGGUCAAGGUUAAGGUGCAGGAGAUUAAUAAGACGACGAAGAAGAGUAUCAAGGUGGCGGAGAUUGUGUUGUCGUCGACGCAUGCGCCAGGAUGUGUUAUCAAGGCAUAGAUGGAGUGAGUGCAU